AGGGGGGUUUCAGGGCAGUAUCCCGUGCCACGUUAUGAGAGACGAGGCAAACGGAAAAGGAUUUUAAUUUUAAAACCGUUUCUUAGAAGAACAGUCAAUACCUUGCUGAGGAAUUCACUCUUGGAUUACAAAUAGAAUAUAUAUUUAUUAUUAUUGCUAUUAUUUUUUUAAGGUCUUUUUGUAAUUCUGGAACCUGAAAUAAGGUCAUUUUUUAUAAUUUUUUUUAUAUAUAUAAUUUUUGUAGAAACUUGACUUUAUUUUCUAUUUUUUUUUUUAUUUUCAUUCUGGAUCCCGAGGAGGAUAAAGGAAAUUUUAAGACAGUUUUUUUUUUUUUUUUUUUUAAACUUCUUUUGGUCAAACUUUAUAUAAAAGACACUUGGAAAAAAAUUUGAAAAAAAAAAAAAAAAAUAUAUAUAUAUAUAUAUAUACCAUUAUUUUUACCACUUACUUUCUCUAACUCUGUAAAGCCACUUUUUCAAAAAACACAUUUUUUUAAGACAGUUUGAAUUUCCAAAAUGAAAAAAACAAGGACUUUAGGAGACUUCUGAAUCAGUUCUAAAUAGCGCUUCGUUUGAUCUGUUAACCUGUUUGAUUAUUAUAUUCUUGAAUUCAAAAUUAACAGGGCAUCGUUUUCUUUUUGUAUUCACAGCGCUAGACUGUAUAUUUAAACAGUUUGACACAGACAGCUGAUUUCUGUGCUAAUGUCUGUUUCUGUCAUGCGAUUUUACAAACAGAUGCGUUUGCAGUUAACAGCUAAGUUUUAAAAGAAUUUCAGUUGCAGUGUUUGAAAUAGAUUCACAGUAAAUUCUAAAAAUAUAUAACCGUUUGUGGAGCUCAGUGGUAGAUAAAGAAAGCGCUGGGCUGCUGUGUGGAAGGCAGUGGGGUUUGAGGAGCUCAGUGGUUAGAUAAAGAAAGCGCUGGGCUGCAGUGUGGAAGGCAGUGGGGUUUGAGGAGCUCAGUGGUUAGAUAAAGAAAGCGCUGGGCUGCAGUGUGGAAGGCAGUGGGGUUUGAGGAGCUCAGUGGUUAGAUAAAGAAAGCGCUGGGCUGCAGUGUGGAAGGCAGUGGGGUUUGAGGAGCUCAGUGGUUAGAUAAAGAAAGCGCUGGGCUGCAGUGUGGAAGGCAGUGGGGUUUGAGGAGCUCAGUGGUUAGAUAAAGAAAGCGCUGGGCUGCAGUGUGGAAGGCAGUGGGGUUUGAGGAGCUCAGUGGUUAGAUAAAGAAAGCGCUGGGCUGCAGUGUGGAAGGCAGUGGGGUUUGAGGAGCUCAGUGGUUAGAUAAAGAAAGCGCUGGGCUGCAGUGUGGAAGGCAGUGGGGUUUGAGGAGCUCAGUGGUUAGAUAAAGAAAGCGCUGGGCUGCAGUGUGGAAGGCAGUGGGGUUUGAGGAGCUCAGUGGUUAGAUAAAGAAAGCGCUGGGCUGCAGUGUGGAAGGCAGUGGGGUUUGAGGAGCUCAGUGGUUAGAUAAAGAAAGCGCUGGGCUGCAGUGUGGAAGGCAGUGGGGUUUGAGGAGCUGGUUAGAUAAAGAAAGCGCUGGGCUGCAGUGUGGAAGGCAGUGGGGUUUGAGGAGCUCAGUGGUUAGAUAAAGAAAGCGCUGGGCUGCAGUGUGGAAGGCAGUGGGGUUUGAGGAGCUGGUUAGAUAAAGGCAGCCUCAGUAUGAGCUUGGGGAAGCUGCCAGCUCUGAAGAGCUGGGUGUCGAACUCACACAGCAAACGGCGUUACAAGAGCGAGCUCACAGUGGAUAUGAUCAGCCCUCCGCUGGGAGACUUCCGACACACCAUGCACGUCGGCCGCGGGGGCGACGUUUUCGGGGACACCUCCUUCCUCAGCAACCACGGCGGGUCGGAGCCCGAACCCGACCCCAAAUCCGGGGGCUUCUUCUCCAGGACGUUCCGGCAGGUCAGGAAGCCCAACUUCGGCUCUCGGGCCAGGGGGGGCUCCAGAGAGCUCUCCCCCUCCCCUCCGCCCGUCUCCCCCAUCAUCAAGAACGCCGUCUCCCUGCCUCAGCUCGCUGGAGCCGGAGCCUGCACUCCCAACGGCAGCCUGCGGAGGGCGCUGUUCCAGAGCACCCCGGCCAGCCCGCAGGACGCCAGCCACUCCUACGGUGUAGAAUCCGGGUUCUGUACCUUACCGCGCCUCUCUCGCUUGGAAAAACAGCCCAGCCAGAAUUCCGACUAUCCCGACCCGGAAUUCCAAGACAGUCGCCGCUCCUGCACCCCGGAAUAUCAAGAGGAGGGCUCCCUCCUGCUGCGCUCCGACUCCAUGACGUCCUUCACCCUGGACCUGGGCCCCUCUCUGAUGAGCGAGGUCAUGGGGCUCUUCGGGGGCCCCUGCGACAUUUUCGGGGCCAACCAGAGCUCGGAAGGCAGAAGCGACUCCCCGACUUCCAGCCAGGCCCCUUUAAGAGGGACGGAACCCCGGGACGCCCCUUUAAGAGCGGAACGCUCGGCUUGGCAAAACGGCGACGCCCACUCUGAGGAGGAGGAGGAUCUUAAAAGGGCAACGCCAGAAGAGGCGGGCCCCACCGGAAAGGACCCUGCUAUCGAAGCUGAGAGAUUUCAAAAGGCGGCCAGCGUGCUGUCCCGCCACUAUGGGGGUCCCGGCCCCUUGACAGGGGAGCCCGAGGACAGCGACGAGGAAAGCGACGCAGAUUUGGAGACUACACCAAAGAGGGCUCCGUUUGCUUACCCAGAAGAGGAUGAAAUUAAAGUUUAAGAUUGCUAUAUGCGUAUAUAUAUAUAUAUAGUGUUGGACGAACGCUAGAGAGGGACACUGAGGACAAAUGGACAGUGGGGACAGAUCUAGAUCAACGGUUUUCCCCACACAGCAAAAGGCAGCAUUUCUACCACAGAAACACAGCAAAACCAACAACUGCUUUAUUAUUAUUAAUUUCUUAGCUGACACCCUUAUCCAGGGCGACUUACAUUUGUUACAAGAUAUCACAUUAUUUUUACAUACAAUUCCCCAUUUAUACAGUUAGGGUUUUUACUGGAGCAAUCUAGGUAAAGUACCUUGCUCAAGGGUACAGCAGCAGUGUCCCCCACCUGGGAUUGAACCCACGACCCUCCGGUCAAGAGUCCAGAGCACUAACCACUACUCCACACUGCUGCCCCACUACUUAUGAUGAUGUGUUUAACUUCAUCUCUAAACGUGCCGGACUGCGCUGCUAAUUAAAAAAAGGACGAAAUCUUUCAAAUUGGUAUUCAACAUCGCUGAAGCAAUCUCUGUGAUGAGAGAUGGCACAGCCCGGCCCGACAGAGGGAGACAGCAGCGGGUUCUGGAGGUCUGUGACCUGUUUGGAAAACGCAGGGGCGGGGAAACGAGAGAGAGAGAGAAUCUGCCUGGAAUUCAUCAGUAAAGACAACUAAAAGAGCGCCGCUGCUUUACAAACGAGGAAGAGGGGAGAGAAAGAAGAGCCCUUUCUCAUCUCCCAAUACUGCAGCUUUAGCAGCACAGUCAAGCCUAUGCUAGUCUAUGCUAUGCUAGUCUAUGCUAGUGUGUGCUAUGCUAGUCUAUGAUAGUCUAUGCUAUGAUAGUCUAUGCUAUGCUAUGCUUUGCUAGUCUGUUCUGUUCUAUUGGGCUCACAGAGUGACUCACACGUCUUGACAAGCAGUUUUCAAAAGGCAGGAGGAAGCUUGUGUCCCGACAAGCUAAACCAACAGGACUGCCAACAAGACGUGCCGUGGCGCGGAGCGCACAGUGUGCUGUGAAACAUCAAACCACCGCAGAGCCGUGAAACAAACACCCCCUUCAUAGACACCCCCCCCUGUUAUACAGGGAGGUUUCUUAAAGGGGAGGGCUUCUCUCAGUAGGGUUUUUUGUUGGUCAACAACCCCUUAUUAAAACUAUAAAGGCUUUUCAGUUUUUCACAUCUAUAUGCAAUUACUAUGGUUUACAGCACAGCUAAGGGAAUUAUGAUAAUAUUA